AUGCCUGGAUAUUUUGUUAACGAAAUUCCCUCAUGUGUCGACGAAUCAUUAAUUGGUUACGUUCGUACACAUAGCCAUUUAGAAUUACAUGGCAGAGCUGUUAUUGCCCGAUCACAAGUUCCAUCAGUAGCUGUUAUUAGUGGAAAUGGUUCUGGCCAUGAACCAGCUAUGGCUGGUUAUGUUGGACGUGGUCUAUUAAGUGCUUGUAUAUCUGGUUCUAUAUUUGCAUCACCACCAUCAGCGGAUAUCUUUCGUCUCAUUGUUGAAAUGAAGCGUCGUGGUGCUAAACAAAUACUUCUAAUUAUUCUUAAUUAUACAGGAGACCGAUUGAAUUUCGGCUUAGCUAUGGAACGCGCUCGGGAAUUAUCAAUUGAUGUCGAUAUGUUAGUUGUAGCAGAUGAUGCUGCUGUUGACUGCGCUAUUGGACCUCGCGGCUUAGCAGGAGCAUUGUUGGUAAUUAAAAUUGCUGGUGCAUUAGCUGAACAAGGCAAGAAUAUGAUUGAAAUUGUUGAUAUUUGUCAAAGUGUACGAACUCAUUUACGUACGAUUGGUUUAUCAGCGUCAGGCGUUCAUCCGCCAGGUCAACAAAAAGCAUUGGAAUUACUCGGUGAUGAAAUAGAACUUGGUAUGGGUAUUCAUGGUGAAACGGGUACACAAAGAUUAAAAUUAUUAUCAUCAAAGAAUGUAAUCGAUCUAGCAUUUGGUCAUCUUUUUCGUGGUACACGCGCACUUGAUAUCAAACGAGAUGAUAAUGUAUUUUUAUGUGUGAAUAAUCUUGGUGGUUGUUCCAAUCUUGAAUUAGGCGUUAUUAUGAAAGAUGCUAUUGAAAAUUUAGAACAUCGUUCCAUACAUGUAAAACGUGUUAUGAGUGGUGGUUUGAUGACAUCACUGAAUAUGAAAGGAUUUUCAUUAACUGUACUUAAAUUAACUGCAGAUAUGAGUUCGAUGGUAUUAAAUCUAAUUGAUUUUCCAACAGAUGCAUUUGCUUGGCCUAAAACCAUUAGUCCAACGCAAUUGCCAAGUAGUAUUCAAACAUUACCUGAUUCAUUAGAAUUUAAUGAUCAAUUGAGUGCUGAACUUACUCUCAAUGAAUCACAUUUACUAUUCGAAACAUCUGUAGUUCCAUCAGUUAAUCAAGCACUUCUAGCAGUUAUUAAAAGGCUUCACAGUGAAACAGAUACACUCAAUCGAUUAGAUGCUGUUUCAGGUGAUGGCGAUACAGGUACAGCAUUUGCUCGAGUAGCUGAUGAAAUGACGCGAGAUCUUACGAAUGGAAAAUUAAUAUAUGAUCGACCUUCAUUACUUUUUCGUCGUCUUGGUCUUAUUGCUGAAAGUCGAAUGGGUGGUACAUGUGGAGCAAUUUGCGGUCUUUUCUUUGCUGCUACUGCUAAAAGUUUAUCAUCAACUCAAUCCAAUACGUUAAUCGAAAAUCUCAGUAAUGCAUUUGAAGCUGGUAUACAAUCUGUUGAAUCAUACGCACGUGUACAACCAGGUGACAAAAGUUUAUUAGAUGCUCUUAUUCCAACUAUCGAUUUUAUUAAGUCAAGGUGUGCACAACAUGAAUUCACAUCGCAAGAUUGGCAAGAAUUAGUGUCAGUUGCUGAACAAGCUGUACAAGAAACUAAAAAUCUUGUUGCAAAAGUUGGUCGAGCAUCCUAUACAAAAUCUGUCGAAACACCAGUAGUUGAUCCUGGUGCUUAUGCUGUUUCUAUUAUUCUUCAAGCCAUUAGUGAAGUGUUUAGUGCCACAACAACUCAUUAA